UUGCCUCUCAAAAUGGAAUCGUGUGGCCACGCCGCCGUUGAUCAUGACAGGCCGGUGCAUUCAGCUUGCCCGAGUGAUGUCUUGGCGGGUUCGUUAUUUGCACCUUCAGGAAAGUCCUAUAUCAAUGCAGAGAAGGGACGCACAUGGCCCGUCUCGGGCUGCCCCUGCCAUGUCAGGACUAGAACUCUUGACAUUCCAGCGACUGACUGGCUGACUGGCGAUUAACUUCGUCUCGCGACCACUCUCGCCGCGCAGCGGCAGUGCGUCCCAUUACUUGCUUGGACUUGCGGACGCCAUCCCAUCUUGUGUCAACAUCAGGUUACCCCCAUAGUUACUCGCAUUAAUAAGGUGGCCAAGCAUGUCCUCCUCCAGCCAGGCGGUCCCAACCGCGCCCAAACCGCCCUACCCGCCCUCGACAGCGCCCCUUGGCGGCAUCCCCACGCCGAUCCCCGACAUCCCCAUCAGCGCCGCGCUGGUGGGCGCCUUCGGGCUCGCCGCACUCGCGCACCUGUUCCUCUUCGGGCGCAACGCGCGCCGGGGGCGGCGCUUCGUGUUCUCGGUGCUGCUGGGCGUCUUCAGCUGCGUGCGCAUGGCCGCGCUGGCGCUGCGCGUGGCCUGGGCGCGCGAACCCGCCAACGCCAACGUCGCGCUCGCCGCCACCGUGCUGACCAACGCCGGCGUGCUGAUCCUCUUCAUCGUCAACCUCGUGCUCGCCCUGCGCGUCGUCCGCGCCACCCACCCCGCCGCCGGCUGGUCCCGCGUCGCCUGGUGGGGGUUUAGGGGCCUCGUGGCCACCGUCGUCGCGGUGCUGGUCAUGGUGGUUACCUGCUCGGUGCACUCCGUCUUCACGCUCGAUGCGCGGGCGAGGCGGAUGGAGAGGGAUGUGCUGCUGUUCGCCGGCGUGUACAUGACGUUCAUUGCGCUGCUGCCGGCCAUCGCGGUGGUGCUGGCGGUGGUGCUGCCGCGCCGGGGCGCGUAUCCGGCGGAGAAGUUCGGGAGCGGCAGCAUGGCGGCGAAGAUGGUGUUGCUGGCGUUCACGUCGACGCUGCUGGCGGUCGGGGCCGGGUUCAGGGCCGCCGUGAACUUCGCCGCCAAGCCCGUCAAUCAGCCGCAGUGGUACCACUCGCGCCCGGCGUUCUACUGCUUCAUCUUUGCCAUCGAGAUCGUCGUCGUCUACACGUACCUCUUCACCCGGUUCGACAAGCGCUUCUAUGUUCCGCCUGGGAGCUCGGCGCCCGGCGACUAUUCGGCGGCCGGCCAGCAGCAGCCUGGUUCCAAGGAGAAUGUGAUGGUCGUUCCCUCGUAUAUGAACGAAGGACUGUACUGACUGAGAUAUUCGGCCCCUUGGCUUGGGAUUCAGCGUUUGGGUAGAGACGGUGGGCAGAGACGGGGCGGCGCAAGCAUUCGAUCAGGAGUAGAGUCCUAGUUCGUACCAGAUACCAAUUUACGUGUUGUUACCACCCAAUGUUGUUUGCCGUCUAACGCGAGCAAACUGUCCCUGUGCUAGCCUCUCCUGCCGU